AUUCCUUUUUUUUGUUGUUGUAUGUUCUGGUUAGUUUGGAUAGGACAUUCGGCGGAAAAUAGCUUGCAAGGUUUAUCGGGGCGCCUCUGCUAGCGUUAAAAAAUUUGCACAGUCGCGUUCAGAUAGUGGCAAACUCAAACGUCUUGUUUUUGUCCAGUUGUGCGGUAUCAUUUUAAUCGAAAUCUUGAAGUGACUUGAGUUUUAUUAGCUUCCGUUUUGCCUUGGCAUUGAGUGCGCAUGCGCGGUCAUUCAACAUCGCUGCAUUCGUGAAUACGCGCCAGUUCCACGCCAUCGAUACAUCAGGCAUGGCUGAUGAAAGAAGCUACGAAUACACGCCUCCUGAGUUUAGUACCACUGACGAGGCGACUGCAAGUACCGCCUGGGACGGUACCUCGGGUGCUUCAUUAACUUUGGACGCCUACGCUACCAUUCCUGAUGACGCCUGGCAUUACCAGUGGUACAUGCAGCCCACUCCGAUAACCGACGGGACGUACAACUUCGACAGUGUCACAGACAAUGGCAUCACAAGUUACCAGCAGCUGGGGUCCAUCGGCAGCAACGAUCACGUAAGGCUCAGCACAAGCCACGCAGGCAUGGAAAAAGUAUCAACCAACUUUGAAGACGACGCCACAAUUUCUGAGAGCACCAGGGUUCACCAAGGGAACACGCAGUACCAACCGGCUGACAGCACGUCCACCGCCUACGGACAUACAGACGAGACAGAAAGCGCAAGCACUGGUUUCACACUUCCGGUCUACAGUGGCAGCGGCGAUUACGCAGUGGCCGGUACGAGACAGACUGGCACAGAGGAAGCAUCGGGCCCUUCGGGAAACGACGCUGGCAAUGCUACUGGACGCAGAGGAAUUGAACAGCAAGAGUCCUGCGGUGUCAGAGUAUGCCAUCAGUCGUCUGUCAGGAAGUCGACACACAAAUGUGAAAGAUGUGGUAAAUCUUUAACCAGGGCUUGGAAUCUAUCUGCACAUUACCGAACGCAUACUGGGGAGAAACCAUACAAAUGUGAAUUAUGUGAAAAAUCAUUCGCGGACAGGUCGAAUUUCCGUCAUCAUCAACGAACUCACACAGGUUUUAAACCCCAUUACUGCCAAAUAUGUACUAAAUCAUUCAAAAAGAAAGCGGAACUUAAGAAUCAUCUCAAAUCACAUAGUAACGACCGAGCUUUCGUUUGCGACAUAUGUAAUCUCUCCUUUAAGCGCAACUCGAAUCUCCAAAGACACCGCGAAAAAAUUCACGAGGACGAAAGGCCGUAGGAGUGCAAGCAGUGUGGAUUCGGUCCACAAAGAAAGAAAACGUCGACGUACAUCUCUGCCAGAAUAGUAGGUGCCAAUAGUGUGGAGAUUCGUUCAGAGAUACAUCUAAACUGAUUGCACAUCUCGAGACGCAUGCGGGUGGGCAGUCGCAACAGUGUGACCAGUGCGCAAGUGAAGUAAAUCGCCCAUGGGCUUUGCAUGUGAAUGUCACCAUGAAGCUGUGCAGGAAAAAAUACAUGCUGACAUUCUCCCGCAGUGGUGAUAAACUACCCCAACGCACCGUGUGGAGAGACGGGCUUCUUUUGAUGUUUAAAACUGGUGAGGGAAAUGCAAGACUUAAAGGGUUCCGCUUGAUUUUUUCGAAAUCACGAGAGGAAACGUCGUCUCCAGCAAAAUUUCGGAUGCUUGAAUGUCGAAGUAUGCUGCAGGUCUUGGCUAGAGCUGAUUGUUUGCAGAACUAUGUUGUUCGCCAGCGUAGCUUUAACGAACUCAUUUCUAGACAAAUCCUAAUGGGCUGCAAGUUCGUGUUUUGUGUCACUAGAAGGUUGAAACGUACGCACAGAAUUCUUGACAUCUGGUUUAGUUUUGUGCAAAUGGUCUGAAAGUGUACUAGCUAACAAGCUUUACCUUACCAUCCCUUUUAUUUAUUCUGCAGUGUAAAUAGAAGAGAACGCCUCUCAUUAGGAAACAUUUAAAAAGAAAACCCUGUUUUCUUGUCAACUAAAAAGAAUAUCUGCCAAUAAUUGAGGUCCCUAAAACUUGCUGCCUUCCAGAGACAGCCUUUACGAAAAUAUGUAGACAUAAACA